GCUAAAUAUUGUAUAUAAUCCUAUGUAUACGCAAGUAUAUAUGUCGGUAAACGUUCGGUAUUGGCGCUACAAAGCUGUAAGGAAGUUAUCAUUUAUACGACAGCAGUCGUUCGGCCGGUGCGUGUGACUCUUUAGCGCUUAGAAAUUAAAUUGUUUUUCGUUUUAUAUUUCUUUAGAACUGUUCUUAAUUGCAACAAUGAAAAUGUGUCAAAAUUUCUGGUUGCAAACAAUUUGGUGUCUUUUUCUGACGUUGCUAUUGGCGCAUUCGUCUUAUGCCGGCAGUGUGAGUGUUCACAGUAAAAAUACGCACCCUGUGCUAACUGAAGAUGAUUCGAAAAUAUUUGGUGGCUCACCUGUUGCCAUUACAAGCGCACCCUGGCAGGUUUCAGUGCGUCUACUGUUAUUCGAGUUACAGUUAGGUCAAGGUCAUAUAUGUGGCGGAUCAGUCGUAGCAUCGCGACUGAUUAUUACCGCUGCGCAUUGUCUGAUCUAUCCAAAUACAACACAACCGAUCUAUCGUUUACCAAGUGAAUUCACAGUAGUCAUGGGUUCGAUUUAUUUGGAGGAGGUUACGCCGUUUACGCUACAGUACAAUGUGCAGCAACUGGUGGCGUAUCCAGAAUUUAGUUUGACACCGCUACAAAACGAUUUGGCUUUACUUUUCAUAGAUGGUAAGAUACCGGCAAAUUAUCCCACAGUAGCACCCAUAGCAAUCAAUCAGAUGGCCGUGGAUGCGGGCGUUAAUUGCAGCGUCACUGGUUGGAGCAUAGCAGCGAAGGGCGUAAAUUGGCCAGUACUGUUGGGUGCCGUGCUUCCGAUCAUCUCCACGCAGCAAUGUAACAACAGUUACAGUGGUCAAAUAUCAGCGGGUAUGAUUUGUGCCGGCAAUCAGUCAAAUAACGGCACGAAUGCCUUUCAAGGCGGCUCUGGCGGCCCACUGGUUUGCAAUGGCAAAUUGAGCGGCAUUGUUUCGUGGGACAGCGGUUAUCCUGAGGUCUGCACAAAUCUCUCCGCCUACUAUAACUGGAUAACAAUGACGAACUCAACUUUCAAUUAUGAUAAUUAUGGUGGCGCAAUGGGUCUGCAUCUGGGCGCUCAGCAAAUGGUGUUGGGUAUUCUCUGUUUGUUAGUCACUUUAUUCUUAUCGCAAGCGACUUUUAUUAAAUAAGCUCUCAUGGUGGUGUUUAAGUAGGCGCCGAAGUUAUUUAUUCAAUGGCUGUUGAUGUUGUGAUGUUAGAGUUUGCUCUUGUUGUUAUUGUACUGUGUGCUUACUUUUUAAGCAGUUAAUGUUUUAUGAAAGUGUUCCGAUAUAGAAAUUUAAA